ACAAGUCUGUUUUGCUGGUAUGAAACAACAAAUGGAUCCCAAUCCAAAUACUAUUGAAGUAGCAACAGUAACAGCUCAACUCUAUCAGAAAAGACAUGGAUAAGAAGACACCAGUGGUCACUAGACCAGUCAAAUAAGUCCCCACCUCCCAUUAAAGUAGUCCUCCUCAAUUCCGUUUCACUCCAACUAAGUCUGAACGCCUGACUUCAAACUUAAAAGUUGAACAGCAAAUAAUGAAUUCAAUCUCUCCUUUUCAUUUCCCCAUGUGAAGUAUAGCGACUUAGCCUGCAUACAUCCAUGAUGCCGGCCACUACAAAGACUUUUUCCUAACUGGUCUUGUUAAAAUAUCUUCAUCUUGUGGUGGUGGUGGUGGCAGAACCAUCCACUUUUCUUUCUGUAACUCAAACAAGUGGACUAUAAAUGUUUGAUAAUGAUCGACUAAAUCCAUAAACUGCGAAGAAAAUCCAAUGAUGAUUUUGUAACCUUUCAUAUUGUCUGGCAUCCUAGAAUGUGUCAUAUUGCUUGAGCCUAGCUUUUUAUGCGACAACAUACAUGCUGAAGAAGAAGCAACAGAAAGGAAAGAUGCAAUCUCCAUGUCUGAAAGAAGCUUCACAAGCUUGCAUACAUGGAUGUGGCUUAAUUCCUAUGCUUAGUUUGCCCGAAUCUUCAAAUUCGAGGGCCGGACCGACGUUCACCGAUACGGUUGCCGCUUCUCGAGUUGAGUUUGCUACUUCAACGACUCUAUCUCUUGACCCGAACAUUCAAUUCACGAACCCUGAAUCUCUCCCUUCUUUAACUGAAUCAUUCUAUCCAUUCAGUGAAGCUUAUCCAUUAUAUUCCAAGACUGAAUUUGCUGAUCGAAUACGACGAGAAGACUAUAAUCAUCUUUCGGUGUCUAACCAUGUAUGUCUUGAUUAUAUUGGAUUGGGUCUCUUUAGUCAUUCACAACAAGAACCACCACAAUCCUCCUCCUUAGCAUCUACUUCUUCUUCUCCUCCGCCACCACCACCGCAAUAUUCCGAAUUCCCAUUCUUUGAAGUCUCAUACAAAGCCGCAAAUCUGAGUUCUCAGAUACUUUAUGGAGCUAAAGAAUCAGAAUUAGAAUCAGCAAUCAAAAGAAGAAUUAUGGAUUUCCUCAAUGUGUCCGAUACUGAAUACCAUAUGGUUUUCACGGCGAACCGAGCAUCUGCUUUUAAGCUUUUAGCAGAAUCUUAUCCAUUUCAGUCUAAUAAGAGCCUGUUGACAGUUUACGACUACGAAAGCGAAGCGGUGGACGGAAUGAUCGAGAAAUCCAAGAAACGAGGAGCUCGAGUUAUGCAAGCGGAGUUCAUGUGGCCAAGGAUGAGAGUUCACUCAACAAAACUAAGAAAAAUGCUGGUUAGCAGAAGGAAAAAGAAGAAGGGACUGUUCGUAUUCCCGCUUCAAUCUCGGAUGACCGGAGCAAGAUAUUCUUAUCAGUGGAUGAAUUUAGCACAAGAAAAUGGUUGGCAUGUAGUUCUUGAUGCUUGUGCUUUAGGACCCAAAGAUAUGGGAACUCUGGGGUUGUCACUGUUUAAGCCGGAUUUCAUUAUCAGUUCAUUUUUCAAGGUAUUUGGUGAUAAUCCCUCGGGAUUUGGCUGCCUUUUUGUCAAGAAAUCUAGUGCAGGAAUCUUGGAAACAUCGGCGACGGAUAGAAGCAUCGGAAUUGUGAGUCUUAUUCAUGCAAAUGAUGCUACUUAUCACCUGGUAAGUGAUUCUUCAAGUUCAUUUUCUGGUCCAAUAUUUCCUCAAAUGAGGAAAGAUAGAUCCUCGAACUCAGAUAGAAAUAAUAAACGAUCCGAAGAAAUUGCGAGACCCGGUGACACCUUCACAGACACAAAAAUGAAACAAAAGCUACAACCAUCAAGUGAAAUUGUUGAAUUGGAGCCUCAGACCACUAAUUCUGCAGCACUUAGAAGCCUAGAUAAUGCAGAUUCCAUCACUUGCAAGGGUCUAGACAAUGCAGAUUCUUUGGGACUGAUUCUCAUAACGAAUAGAUUACGGUGUCUGAUCAAUUGGCUUGUAAAUGCAUUGAUGAAACUCAAACAUCCGUAUUCAGAGAAGGGAAUUCCACUUACAAAAAUAUACGGGCCAAAGAUAAAAUUUGACCGCGGACCUGCAUUAGCAUUCAAUGUGUUUGAUUGGAAAGGAGAAAAGGUUGAGCCUUCACUCGUGCAGAAACUCGCUGACCGGAGCAAUAUUUCUCUUAGUUACGGGUACUUGCAAAACAUAUGGUUCUCUGACAGAUAUGAGGAAGAGAAGAAAAUAGUGUUGGAGAUAAAAAGGCAUGAAGAUGAGGUAGUAGGAGGAGUAAGCAAGAUGAUUAGAGGGAAAGGUAACCCGGGAGUUACUGUUGUUACAGCUACAUUUGGGUUCCUGACAAAUUUUGAAGAUGCAUAUAGGCUCUGGACUUUUGUUGCGCAAUUUCUUGAUGCAGACUUUGUUGAGAAAGAGAGGUGGCGAUAUACUGCACUUGAUCAGAAGAUUAUUGAAGUUUGAAGUAAAGUGAGAUUCGUUUAUUCUUUUACAUCAUUGUAAUCAUUUAAACCAUGAAGGGAUAAUGUAAACAAACUGGGUUUUUAAUCAUUUAUAUCAAAAAAAGAGAGCAUUAUAGAAAAAA